GCAGAAGCUGUCAGCUGAUUUUGGACCAACAAUCUCGCAUUAAACUCGGCCAUUUAACGGUCAUUUCGCUCCGGCUCUCCCGAACAUCGCUGAUUAGCCUCCGUAGCUAAUCUGCUGCUGCUGUAGUGAUGGCUGGCCCAUUUGUCCCUGUCCCCUACCCCGUGGAAAGGUGUCCAUCUGUCCGUCACUCCAGACUCGCGUACAGGAGAACCUCCAGCCUGAGCAACCUCUCCGCCAGCUCUGAUGCAUCGUCCCAGAACAUAUGGGUGAAGCGAGGGCUGAGGAGGAUAAACAGUUCGGAGAGUGGAGCCAGUAGAGAGAGUCUGCAGGACAGACUGGCUGUAGCCACCUUAGUUGGCUAUGAGGUCAUGGAGGAAAGGGCCAAGUUUACGGUCUAUAAGAUACUGGUGAGGAGGGCGCCUGACGAGAGCUGGGUGAUUUUCAGACGAUACACUGACUUCUCCAGGCUUAAUGACAAGCUCAAAGAGAUCUUCCCCAAAUUCAGACUUGCUCUGCCGCCCAAGCGUUGGUUCAAAGACAAUUAUGACAUGAACUUCCUGGAAGAGAGACAGCUGGGCCUGCAGGCUUUCCUCCAGAACCUGGUCGCCCAUAAAGACAUCACUAACAGUGAGGCAGUAAGAGGGUUCCUGUGCUUGGAUGACCCACCUGGUCCUUUCGACAGUCUUGAAGAGAGCAGGGCCUACUGCGAGACCCUAGAGGAGACCAACCAUCGCCUGCAGAGGGAGCUGUUGGACAAACAGAGAGAAAUCGAGUCUUUGAGAAGAAUCCUGGAGGGCCGAGAGCUCCAGAUCAGCAAGCUGGAGGAAACAAAGAAUGGCAUCUCCAGCACCCAGCAUGAGCUCCGUGAACUCCGAGCAGUGAUCAGUGAGAGCGGUGCUGAUGCUGGUGUGAAUGCGGAGGCUGACACAGAGCAGGUGCUUAAAGCAGCAGAGCCGGACUGCAUGAGGAGCUCAGACACAAGUUUGGAGAUCCAGUUGCCAAAGAGAAGCUAUGGAGCCUGCUGGAGUGGACCAGCUGAGAACCGUGUCUGUUUCCAAACAUCAGCAGUUCUAGAAGACCAGGUUUAGAUCUUGUGGCCACAUUGACUGUGUCUUCUAAGAGUUAACCCUUAGAAGACUGGAUCUGUUUGAGCAGUUUCGCUAUUGGACAAAUCAGCAUCACGUCACGACAGCAAAGAACUUACUUUCAGGUGGUAAGAAGGGUGGGGCUCAAGGAAUGUUCAGGCGGGCCAAAUCAAACAUCCUCGUGGGCUAACUUUGCCCUGCAGGCCACAUUUUGGGCAGCUGUGGUCCAAAGCAGUUUUACUUCCUGUAAAAUUAAGAAAAUAUUAUAAUAUAUAUUUUUUUUCAAAAACAGCAGCUGAGAAAUGGUAAGAAAGAAAUUACUUUUUUAUGAUUAACAAUAUCCUCACUUUUUCUUGGCUCUGAAGUUAGGAGAUUGAAGGAGAAUUCCAGCGGUUUUUCAAAAUUUCUGCAUAAUUCAA